GUUCAUGCACCGAUUUGAAUUCCAAGGUCGUGCAAAUACAAAACUGUGCUCACACCACCCUGCUUUUACUCAGUCCAUACUCCGAACUGUCCCUCGCAUCCCUACUUAUCUAUCUCAUGACCACUCCAAUAACAUCUUGUAUGAGCGAUCCAGAGUUUUCAGAAGUUUAUCCACCAUCUGAGGAUUCCUACUUAUUUUUGGAUGCUUUGGAGUUGGAUUCUGGGUUUUUGUCCGAAUUGAGGCCCACCUUAACUCUUGAAGUUGGCAGCGGUAGUGGAGUUAUCAGUGCAUUCCUGUGCUCAUCCAUUUUGAAACCACUAUUUCACAUAUGCACCGACAUAUCCCUUACUGCCUGUCACGCAUCUCUACGUGUGCUAAACGUAAAUGUUCCUAGUACAUCGGUGACAUAUGAUGUAAUUAAUUGUUCUUUAGCAACACCCCUCUUGUCUAGACUAUAUCAAAGUGUAGACUUAAUCAUGUUUAAUCCUCCCUAUGUACCGACAACUUCAGAGGAACACAAAUCUGCUAGUUCAACUAUAGUUGCCUCAUGGUCUGGUGGGCGACUGGGAAGAGAAGUAAGUCUACUUUGCUGGUUUUUCGUCCACUUCAAAAUUAAAAAUUUGUGAUUUAAAGUUUUCUCGGAGACAUUAACAUGUUUUCUGUGUUUUUCUGUAAACUCAGUGUACGUACCGACUGGCUUAAUUUCACCGAUCUUUAGUCAGCAUCACAUAAAUUAAUGGAUGUUACAGUUUUAGGAAGACUAUUCAAUUCGAGUUAGGCACUGCAGUUCAUUUCGAACAUCUGUAGCUGAAUUUUAAAAAGUGCACUGUCUGUGAUAGUACCUUCUCAUUAUUCUUUUUAUUGAUAGUUCUGUAUUCUGUUAUGUAAUCCUGAUGUAUACCAAAACUACUAUUAUUCAACACGAAAAUAUAUUGGAUUGUCCAUCAGACAGUAUCUUGCAGAUAGCAGUGAAUAAAGUAGAAGGUCCAUUUUGAAGAUUCUGUAUGAAAUUACCAAGUGCCACCUUCUUUCCUUGCAUUUCGAAUUCCCAUGGGUAAGCAUUAUUUUCCUAGCUUAAUUCACUUGCUCCUGAAGUUUGUCCUACUAAUCUGAAAUCAAUAUGAUCUUUUGGAACUCUCAUAAAUGAAUGUACCAGAUGUAUUAAGUGCUUGCUGAAAAUUCUCCCACAUUCCUUUAAACCAUAAUUUGCUUGUGGUGUAUCGAAUAAAAUGGUUUAUAUUAUUCGUCCUUUCUUCAACCCCUUUAUUUGUACAUUGCAUUUUCUUAACUGAAUUUCAGGUGAUUGAUCCAUUCUUAAGUCAAGCUUACAAUUUGCUCUCACCACAUGGCUGCAUUUAUUUACUGUUAUCGAGAGACAACUGUCCUGAAAAAGUACAUCUUAUGAUGACAAAGUUGUCUAAUGGAAGACUCCAUGCAAAAGAAAUUCUUCAUAGACGAGUUCAUAAUGAAUUUUUAACUGUUUUUCGCUAUAGCUGUUGAUAUUUAUAAAUAAAUGAAAUAUAAUACAUUCCAUUCCAUUGUGAACUGUGAUUUAUUCACGAAGUAUAGUUAUACAGACAAACUUAUCUUUCAGUGUGAACCAUCUCACAAAUAUAAGUUUAAAUAGCUUCAUCUUUGAACAGCAUACUGUAACAGAGGUCAUUUCAUAGGUUGUUUUUGACGAUCGACAGGGCUCCCUUGUUAACUUUUGGAAAAACUUACACAACCUUACUUUUGAUGUACAAUCAAUAGGUCACAUAUUAUUGUGAAACUAUGAAAUAAGCAUCACCCUACCACCAAUCAGAGGUGGAGCUUUUGUCAUCUAUUUCUAGGUAUGCCUGGAACCCCUACAUUAAUAGCGUCAAGAAUGUAUGAUAUGUCUUACUGAGACGAAAUCUACCCAUAUACGACCCCCUCAUUUAUAUAGUUUCCAUAAUGGCUAUGGAUUCUGUAAACAGUCCCUUUGUCAUAUGGUGUAGUGCCUUUCCCGUGUUCCGUAUUUGAUCCUUCUCUCGUUUGACUGUCUACUAUUGACUAACUAUGUCAGUUGUAGUGGCCUUGUAAUAUAAAUGUUUUUAGUUUUCAAUUACCACUUAAUUUUAUUGAGAGAAUAUAAUAAUUGAG